CGAGAGCUUAGUGAGCGUUAAGAGGCAUGGAGUAGAGGAGUGUCAAUACCCAUAACAUGUUCAUAGCCUACUGUAUCUUUACUGCACUUUCCAUUCUUAGAGGUCAAAAACAAGACACCUUUGGUAAGACACCUUUUCAUUUUUGUUAACAUUCAUAUGGUUUAUACUGCAGUGUUUUUGUGACUUAUCUGAGACAAGACAGAAGAUCAUUAGUGCAUUUAAUAUUAAAAAAAACUUUUGUGUAUUUGACAUCCUACGCUCAAUUAAUUUAACUUAUGAAUUUCCAUGUUUUUCUACAAAAUUUGAAGACCAUUUGUUGUUGUAAAUUGAUGCUCUUAGAAGCGUGACUCUCAGUGCCAUUGUAAAUGAUGAUAUACCAGCUUAUGUAAUGCUUACAAAAUUGCUUUUUCAGAUUUGAUCAAUUCUACUUUGUCUCAUCAACAAGUUAUAUCUAAUGGUAAGUGUUUUUGUUUGUUUACUGCUGUGUUGGUUCAAAGCAUUGCAAAUACAGCAGUGAAAUGGACCGCACCAGUUCUGGUUGACUUGGGAUCAUUAUCCAAUGAUUGCCACUUUUGGCCAGUUUUCUUCAGUACAUAAUGUAUUGAAGAAAACGCUAAUAACAUAACAACUGUAUUAUUACCAAUUAAGAACAUCUCAUUUCCACGUAUUCAUUUGAAACUUCAAGUUGUUCACUCACUAUGGAGAUGUACUCAUUAAAAGUGCAAUAUGACAGCAAACAGCUCCCCUGCUGUGGCAUCAAGCACUAACUUAUUGAAACUAAUUGAAUCUGGUUCAUUUCUUUGAUUUGAUUGUAAUUCCAGACGCUUCUUCAGCUUGUUAUGAAUAUUUCUAACAAUUAGAUUAGAUUAUUAAAAAGACAGUCAGAGGUCGACUUCCAUGCACCAUUUCCUCAUAAUGGUGGGUCAUUUGCAUAGUGUUGUAUUACCGUAAGGAUGGUAACAGGGAUAGCGUGGGUCUAAGCCCACCCACCUAGAAUAGGGUUUCAUUGGGGGAGACCUGACUUGAAUAUCCCUGAGGUAGUCAGGUAGACUCUAGCUCAGCGUAGCAAUGUCCAUCCUCAGUCCGCACUUGUAAUCCCUACACAUAAAUCUAAGAGGACUCCAAUCACUCUGCGUUGGAAACUUGAAAUAGAAAGACAGACAGACAGACAUGCAUGGUCUCUUUUGGUUGGAGUGACUCGCAAUGGGUUUCAACCAUUGAGUAAAUACAGCCAAAUGCCAUCAAUCUAACAGUGGAUUGUCCCAUAGUCCUAUUUGCAUUAGUUGAUUACUGUUUGUACAGAUUGCCUGUGUCUCUUUGCAUUAUUACUUCAAUGCCUGCGGGAAAACAGAAGACAUCUUUAAUUGUUAAUGAAAAAGCUAAGACACUAGCCUUUAAUGUUCAUUCACUCAGCAUUAAAAUAUCUUUUUUUAACUUAGGUGUGUGGUAGUCAGUCAAGUUGCUGCCUCCUUCUGGUAAUUCUACUAAUUUAAUUUAAUGAAUCCUUUCUCCAACCUUUUUGAGGUUAUUCUGAACCAUGUGAACUUGAAUGUACUGUAGAUCAAAUCAAGAUUGUCAUUCCAUUUUUCUGUUGUUGUUCAAAAUAAAAUGAAUCCAUCAUCCUCCUCAAAUUUUAAGUCACCAACCGCCACUGAUGUAGUCUUCACCCCUCACCCACUGUAUUUAUUCACCCCUGGUCUUGUAAUUCUAGUCGCUCCCUUAUAUCAAUAUCUUUAAUGAUUAAACAUAGUAGAAGAAUUGAAUACCUUGUGCUGAUAGCCUUUAAUUUGACUCAUAAUGCCUCACCAACAGACAAUGGCUAACAUGUCAACCAUUAGCUAAACAUAGCUAACCAGCAGCAUUCGCAAUAUGUAGCAGAAUCGGACAUUCAGUCGAUUCAAUUUGUGUGUGUUUUCGAUCAGCACAAACCAGUAAAUCUUGCUAAGUAGACAAAGAGAUGCACAACAAAGCAAAUUAUAUUUUCCUCAGAGAUGGAAACCAAGUACAAUUGAGAGAAUUAUGACUCUACAUGACACAGGCUAGGCCUAUCAAUAUGAGCUUGUAUGUGUUUACUUCUGAGUUAGCAUUGAUAGCUAACAUAUAUGUAGAUUAACACAGACUAGAUUACAGUAGCCUAACCAUCUGGAAGGGACAAAAUAAAGUAUUACAACGUGUCUAUUGAGACACACAGCUGCACAAUAUCCCACUAUUAUCCCCCUUCUGAUGCUAAGCUUUCGGCUCUGCAACCAAACAUGCUUGCUAGAUUAUAGUUUGUGCAAAACAUUUUCUCCCAUGUCGGUCCCACAACAACACAUAUUCAGGAAAUGCAGGCAAUGUAAAGUAUGUAUUCUGUUCCUUCUGCUAAUCAGUUGUUAUUUCUUUCCCACAGGCUUCCUACAGAGGCAGUGUGAAAGACUUUGUCAACUUCAAUGCCAAGCAGGAUGCUGAGCUCCUGCACAAGGCCAUGAAAGGCAUAGGUGAGUUAGAUGCACUUAAAGUUAUACAUAUAAUAAUAUAUGCAAUUUAGCAGACACUUUUUAAAGUGAUUUACAGUACUGUGAGGGCAUACAUUUUAGUAUGUGGCCCCAGUGGCAAUUGAACUCAUAAACCUGCCGUUUCUAGCUCUACACUCUUACCAACUAAGCCACAUAUGACCAGAUAUAAACUCUAUCAGAGAAACUGCAAAAUAUGUAAUUACACUGUAAUAAACCAGUAACAAGUGGUAUUUACAGAGUAUUUACUUCUUAAUUAAAAAAUGUUUGCUUAGAAAAACUGCAUUAGCUUGGUGUGCAGGCUUGUACUAUAACUACCUGUACUUAAAUAUUUCAUAAAAUACUUUAUUCCCCUGCAAUUCCCCUGGCAUAAUGCCACUGUAAUGGCAUGUUUUUAUGGAACUUCUUACUCUAUCCAUCUUAAGUGAGGGUUGCUAAUCUUUAUUCUAGAGCUUCGAAGGCAGUGUUCAGCUCCAACAUGAUAUGGAGAAAAAAAUUGAUUUUUAUUUGGAUUAGUUUUGCCUAUUUGACCUUUGAACUUUGUUUCCCACUCAAAUGACCUGGAAUUCAUCGCAGCAGUACAUAAACCAAUUGUCCCAGUGUUGUGAUGCAUUUGAUGGCCUUGUACCCAAAAGACACAGCGUUGUAAAGAGGAAGGAAAGGGGAAGAUGAUCGUAAAAUGGAGGCAUAUCUUUGAAUUAUAGCUUGAUUUAUCAUUGGAUCUCAUAAUCAAUCUGAACUCUGCUUUGAACCAGAUCACAUUAUAAGCUGGGACCUGCUUUAUGGCAUAAUUAAGUACGGAUAACAAAUCUGUUUCAACGUUGCGCAAGAAAUGCUGUGGCUUGUCUCAGCCCUGGUAUUAAUUGUUUUGCUGUACUUCAAUGUUUUACCGCAGAGGUAUUGAUGCUUUUUAAAGGUAUUGGUAUGGAUUGUUUGUGCAUUAGUCCAUUUGUCUCAUCAUUUCCCUGGUAAGAAUAGGCGUAUAUGUUGAUCUACUGCUUAUUAAAGGGGAGUUCAUCCUCUAGAUGGGAUUACAUGGUGCCAAUCUAAUUGAGGUCUGUAGAUUUUCUUGAAUACAUAUAGCGUGGUCCGAGCCACAUAGAGUUUGGCCAAGUUUGACACAGAACACCAUGUUGUUGCCAUUUAAACCACACUCUCUUUAUGGAAAAUGGACUCAGCUCGACAUUAGACCAAUUUUUGGGGCAUGGAAAUCACUGACAAACUUACAUUUUUGGGUGAAUCAUCCCUUUAUCAUUGAAAACGCAAACUUAACUUCCUUACUUGGUACACUACACCAAUGUAAUGGACAAUGUGAUAACUAACUAGAGUUAUUCCAAACUGUUAGGGGUGGCCUUGUUUUAAUGAGUUCUGCAAUUAAUUAUCAAGGCAUGUUCUCAUGUCACUGAUUUAAGAUCAAUUCCUGUAUGUUUGUCAUCAUGUUUGACAGGCACCGAUGAGGACACCAUUCUUAUGCUCCUGACAUCGCGCAGCAACAAUCAACGGCAGGAAAUUAAGGCGGCGUACAAGAAGGCCCACGGAAAGGUGAGAUAGGAAGCUGAUGACAGGCGACACGUAUAGUCUGAUUGAUGCCUACAGAUCAUGUCACCAACCUCGUCAUUCAUCAGCCAAAACAAGCUGGUCUACCUUAGGGUUACUUACUGGAAAACAAUUAGGGCGAACACCCUUACAAAAAAAAAAAAAACUAAAAUUUGCAAUUUCACAUGUGAAAUCACAUUUUCACAUUUGAAAUAGCUGUUUUCACAUGUUGAGUUUAAAUGUAACACUUGACACCAUAUUUUCACAUGUAUUACAUUUAGAGUUCACAUGUUAACACCACCUUUUCACAUGUGAAAUUUGCAGUUUCACAUGUUAAAAAUGUCACCUGAAAAUCAGAUAUGCAGUUUAACAUGUGAAAAACAUGCACAUGUGAAAACACAUUUGCUGUUUCACAUGUAAAAAAAACAGUGAAAAUCUCACUUUCACUUGUGGAAUUGCAGAUUCCCAUGUGGGGUUGAAAUAAAGUUAUUCUCCUCACAUGUGAAAAGAUGGUGUUAGCAUGUUGCAGUAGCAAUGUUUCCAUCGGUGGAAUAAGGGUGACCACAUCUAAAGAGCCCAAUGCAGGACAAGGAAAUUAUUUUGCAGGACAUUCGUGGAACAGUGGACAGGAUAUUUUUUGUAAAUUGAUGCAAAAAAUGUUUUACGUUAAAAAUAUAUAUAAUAACGCAAUUAAAUUAAACACCUCCCUCUUUCCUGCUAUUUUCUCUAUCUUUGGUUAUGUUACCAUGGCCUUUGCUUUCGCUGCCUUUGUUCCAGUUGCAAGUUUUGGCACAAGUUUUUCAAGCAACAUAGCACCCUGUAUCCCACUGCUGGUUUGCCUCUGAAGCUUAGCAGGGCCAGUCCUGGUCGGUCCCUGGAUGGAAGACCAGAUGUAGCUGGAAGUGGUGGGAAAUAAACGUGAAAAAACACACGUGAAACUGAGAACCACAUGUAUCUGACUCCUGAAAAUUGCAACAUUGGGUUUUUUUUGCAUGUGAAAUUUUUCACGUUAUGUGUUUUUUGUAAGGGCAGUUACAGUACACUAUAUGUUCUACUGUUACUAAAAAACUGUUUACCCCAAGUAGGGAAAGGGUGGCGGGGUUGGAAAGUAAUAAAGGGGAAUAUAUGUAUAAAAAACAUGGGGGAUUGGAAGUGAUACAGACAAUUACAUUGAUGGAAGUUACAAUCUAUCUGCAAUAUUAAAUUGAUCUACCCCCCCCCCAAAAAAAAAUAAAAAAUAAUAAAAAAGAGUAGAGAAUAUCCAUCCACGUACUGCCAAAAUGCUUUACUGUUACUCUCAGAUUUGGGGUUUAUUAGUACGGGCAGAUUGGCAUGACGGUAUUGCAAUUGCGCAGAUGUCACGUAGCUAGCAGCACAGGGGCUGGGAGAGGUUUGUGACUUAUCCAUGAUGAAUAGCAUCUGUCCAAUACCUACAAUAUACAGUAGGCCCUCAUGAGGGUUCUGAAAUAUUAUACACCCACGCAUGCCAUAAGUUUCUCUAUCUGCCACCCACCUACCCACCCACCACCCACAAUCUCUCCCUCCCUACACCUCCCUCCUCCCCCUCUUCUUUCUCCUUUUCAAUCUCCCUUUCAUGUUGUUCUUUAUUAAUUUUCCCCCUCUCCCUCCCUUUCUCUCUUUCUCUCUCUUUCUCUCCCUCCCUCCCUUUCUCUCUCUCUCUCUCUCUCUCUCUCUCUCUCUCUCUCUCUAUCCCCUGCCUGUUCAGAUCAGUACACUUUUUUUCUCCCAAAUCUAUAAUAAACAGCUAAUAAAAUAAAUUCCAGACAUACACUUCUGUGAGUAAUGUAUUGAAAUGUCUGGUGGCUGAUGCCUUAUCAUAAGAGGAAAGUCAAUAAUACAUUUAGUUAUCAGGGUGCCUCUCUCUCCAGUACACGUCUUAGGGGUGACUCAACUGAUGUAUUUUGGAGUCAACACUAAUAAAUUGAACUCUCUCUCAUAAACCAAACGUUGGCUUACAAUUCUAUGCACACAAGUUAUCAAAACACCCGUUAAUCAUUCAAAUGUAUUGAUUGAGCUCUUCUCCAAACAAACACUUCCUCCAUUGUCAAAGUUUUCAGAAUAUUAAUAAUGAAAAUUGUUAAUCAUGUAACUGUAUUAAUCAAGGUAAUGAUUUUGGCUCUGUAAUCCUAUGUCACGAUCGUUAGACGGAGUAGACCAAGGCGCAGCGUGAUGAACGAACAUGUUUAUUUAUCGUUAGUGAUAAUACAAACAAUAACCAAAACAACAAACGAUACGUGCAGUCCUACGGUACAGACCAAAAGGAACAAACCAACUGGAACAAGAUCCCACAACUAUUGUGGGAAAACAGCCUCUAUAAAUAUGGCUCCCAAUCAGAGACAACAAGCAACAGCUGACACUCGUUGCCUCUGAUUGGGAACCACUCUGGCCAACACAGAAAUACAAUACAUAGAAUAAACACACCCUGGCUCAACAUAUAGAGUCCCAGAGCCAGGGUGUGACAGUACCCCCCCCUAAAGGCGCGGACUGCGACCGCGCCUGAACAUAAACAAACCAGGGGAGGGCUGGGUGGGCAUUCCUCCUCGGAGGCGGUUCCGGCUCCGGGCUAGACCACCACCCUCCAAUAAUCCCCCCGUAGCGCCCCUGGUCCGGUCUGGCCCCGCUGGCUUGAGCUGAACUGGACAUCGUAGGAGCGGAUAGCUUCAGCUCCGGUGUGGAGCAGCUGACCGGUACCUGACCAGGCACCGGUGACCCAGGCACGGGUUGUGCCGGACUGACGACGCACACCCCUGGCUUGGUGCGUGGAGCAGGAACGGGCCGGACCGGGCUGACGAUGCGUACCCCUGGCUUGGUGCGUGGAGCAGGAACGGGCCGGACCGGGCUGACGAUGCGCACCCCUGGCUUGGUGCGUGGAGCAGGAACGGGCCGGACCGGGCUGACGACUCGCACCCCUGGCUUGGUGCGUGGAGCAGGAACGGGCCGGACCGGGCUGACGACUCGCACCCCUGGCUUGGUGCGUGGAGCAGGAACGGGCCGGACCGGGCUGACGACUCGCACCCCUGGCUUGGUGCGUGGAGCAGGAACGGGCCGGACCGGGCUGACGACUCGCACCCCUGGCUUGGUGCGUGGAGCAGGAACGGGCCGGACCGGGCUGACAACUCGCACCCCUGGCUUGGUGCGUGGAGCAGGACCGGGCUGACGACUCGCACCCCUGGCUUGGUGCGUGGAGCAGGAACGGGCCGGACCGGGCUGACGAUGCGCACCCCUGGCUUGGUGCGUGGAGCAGCAACGGGCCAGACCGGGCUGGCGACGCACACCGUAGGCUUGGUGCGAGGAGCAGGAACAGGCCGGACCGGGCUGGCGACACACACCGUAGGCUUGGUGCGAGUGGCAGGAACAGGCCGGGCUGGCGACGCACACCGUAGACUUGGUGCGAGGAACAGGCCGGGCCGGGCUGGCGACGCACACCGUAGGCUUGGUUCGAACUGGGUACACACACCACUGGGUACACACACCACUGGCCUUAAACGGGGAUCAGGAACGGGCCGGACCGGACUGGCAAUACACCUCAGUACCUCUCGCCGUGCCUCUACAACUUCCCUCCCUCCUCUCACCAAUGGCUCCCGUAACCCGGUGGCCUUCUCUCCUCGUCUCCCAUUUCGCCCUGUGGCAGCCUCCUGCUGCCCAGUCGCCCAUGCCGUGUGCCCCCCCCUAAACAUUUUCUGGGGUUGCCUCUCGUCCGUCCGACGACGACACUGUUGACGCCGUUGCUCCUCUCUCGCCAGGGCCUUAAUCUUAGCCCAUGGCCCUUUGCCCCCGAGCAUGUCCUCCCAGGACCACGAUUUGCCCACCUGGGCCAUCGCCAACCUCUCCAGCUCCUUUCCCGGCGCUUCCUCCCAUGUCCAGGCUGCCUGCUCCUGGACACGCUGCUUGGUCCUGGUAUGGUGGGAUCUUCUGUCACGAUCGUUAGACGGAGUAGACCAAGGCGCAGCGUGAUGAACGAACAUGUUUAUUUAUCGUUAGUGAUAAUACAAACAAUAACCAAAACAACAAAUGAUACGUGCAGUCCUACAGUACAGACCAAAAGGAACAAACCAACUGGAACAAGAUCCCACAACUAUUGUGGGAAAACAGCCUCUAUAAAUAUGGCUCCCAAUCAGAGACAACCAGCAACAGCUGACACUCGUUGCCUCUGAUUGGGAACCACUCUGGCCAACACAGAAAUACAAUACAUAGAAUAAACACACCCUGGCUCAACAUAUAGAGUCCCAGAGCCAGGGUGUGACAUCCUAGAUAUACAAAUGUAAAGGUCCAGAGCAAACACUUUUUCCAUUGUUCAAAGAUUUUUUUUCUUCUCAGGAUCUUGUGAAUAAUUCAAAUGUAUCGAUUGAGUAAGCAAUUUUGGCUCUAUUUGUUUAGAUAUUUCUUAUUAAAAAGAGAAGUCUAACGGAAACACUUCUUCCAUUGUCUAAGUUAUCUUAAUAUUGACUUUAUUUUUCCAUAGGAUCUUGUCAGUGCUUUAAAGUCGGAGCUGGGAGGCUUGUUCGAGACGCUCGUUGUGGCGUUGUUGACGCCUCCCAUUUCCUAUGACGCCUCCCAACUCCACAAAGCACUCAAGGUAAAGUACAACAAUGUAUAGUCUAUGUUUGGUUAUGGCUCCAAGAAUAAGUCAUGUAUUGUGCAGUCAGACAUGCAACUACAUGUAGAAUGAAGGUAAAGUACAGUUCAAGGUAAAGUGCGGCGGUGUAAUUUUGUGUAGAACAGACUUACUUUUCUCUAUGCAUAAUGACAAAUUGUAUGGUAUUUUUACCAUCAGGUAUGUGCAGGAUAUUGGUCAUGUGGCUAUGAUUAUUUCAAGUGAAUGUUAACAUGUGCCAGCAGUUAAUGGUCUUAAACCUUCUAGCUCUCCUGAAGUCUUUUCUUAUUUCCUUGCAGAAAGCCAGUCCAUUAUAGGCUACAGUAAUGAAGGUGUCCCACAAUAUGUGUGGCCAUGUUUUUCACCUUCCGUGUAGCCUUGUUGGGUUUGUCCAAAUUGUCAUUGAAUACUGUGGUACUUCUAAGCUUUGGCAGGGUCAGGGGUUAAGUUUACUGUCUCAAUUGUAAGUGACUCACGAGACUUACCAUGGUAGUGAUGAUGCACAGUGAAUGUUCUCCCGUGAUGCACCUCAGUAAAUCAGGAAGUACAAGGUAUCAAUACACACUAAAGGGAGGCUUUCAAACACACUGUCUAAGUUGGUUUGUGUGGCAUCAGCUUUGCACAUAUCAGGUGUAGGUAUUACAUGAAUAUUUAUAUCCAUACAUUGCACCCAUAUAAUUACCAAUAUAAUACGUUGCAGAGGUAGGGGAAAAGCACAGAAAUUAAUUAUAAAUGGAUCAUGUACGUGUAUGUUUGUGGUUCGCUCAGAGCAACAUAAGGGAUGGUUUUGUAAGGUCACCAUCCUUCUUUGUUAAUUCUGGUUCACAUAUUCUAUUAUGAUAUUACCCUCCUAUUGCUUGCCUUACACUUUCCUGAGCUGGCUCACUGUUUCUCAUGUUAGUGGUGGCUCUGAUGGCUCAGUUGAUUGGCGCAUGGCCAGUCAGAGAUGUUUGAAUCUUGCAUUGCGACUGUGUAGGUGAUAUGGGUCAGAAAAUACUGAUUGUUAAAAAACACACACACACACACACACACACACUCACACACACACACACACACACACACAGCACUGAACAAAAAUAUGAACGCAACGUGCAACAAUUUCAAAGAUUUUACUGAGUUACAGUUCAUAUAAGGAUUAGGCCCUAAUCUAUGGAUUUCAGAUGACUGGGAAUAAAGAUAUGCAUCUGUUGGUCACAGAUAACUGAGAAAAAAAACGUAGGCAUGUGGAUCAGAAAACCAGUCAGUAUCUGAUGUGACCACCAUUUGCCUCAUGCAGUGCGACACAUCUCCUUCGCAUAGAGUUGAUCAGGCUGUUGAUUCUGGCCUGUGGAAUGUUGUCCAACUCCUCUUCAAUGUCUGUGCGAAGUUGCUGGAUAUUGGCGGGAGAUGGAACACGAUGUUGUACAUGUCGAUCCAGAGCAUCCCAAACAUGAGUAUGUGAGAAUGCAGGCCAUGAAAGAAUUGGGACAUUUUCAGCUUCCAGGAAUUGUGUACAGAUCCUUGCAACAUGGGGCUGUGCAUUAUCAUGAGGUGAUGGUGGCGGAUGAAUGGCACGACAAUGGGCCUCAGGAUCUCGUCACAGUCUCUCUGUGCAUUCAAAUUGCCAUUGAAAAAACAUUAGCAAACUGCCCACACAACUGUCAUCAGCCCGGUACAGUUAAAACCGGGAUUCCUCCGUGAAGAGCACAUUUCUCCAGCGUGCCAGUGGCCAUCGAAGGUCGGUUUUACCUGGACUAGUGUGGUUACACGUGGUCUGUGGUUGUGAGGCCAGUUGGACGUACUGACAAAUUCUCUAAAACGAUGGUAGAGAAAUUAACAUUAGAUUCUCUGGCAACAGCUCUGGUGGACAUUCCUGCAGUCAGCAUGCCAAUUGCAUGCUCCCUCAAAACUUGAGACAUCUGUGGCAUUGUGUUGUGUGACAAAACUGCACAAGGUGCACCUGUAUAAUGAUCCUGCUGUUUAAUCAGCUUCUUGAUAUGCCACAACUGUCAGGUGGAUGGAUUAUCUUGGCAAAGAAGAAAUGCUCACUAACAGGGAUGUAAACACAUUUGUGCACACAAUUUGAGAGAAAUAAGCUUUUUGUGCAUAUGGAAAACUUAUUUUGUUCAGUAUAUACUUUGCCUUUAGAAAGUAUUCAUACCCCUUGACUUAUUCCAUAUUUUGUUGUGUUACAGCCUGAAUUCAAAAUUGAUUAAAUAAAUAAAAGUCUCACCCAUCUACACACAAUACCACAUGAUGACAAAGUGAAACAUGUUUUUAGAUUUUUUUUACAUAUUUAUUGAAAAUGAUAUACAGAAAGUAUCUCAUUUACAUACAGUGAGGGAAAAAAGUAUUUGAUCCCCUGCUGAUUUUGUACGUUUGCCCACUGACAAAGACAUGAUCAGUCUAUAAUUUUAAUGGUAGGUUUAUUUGAACAGUGAGAGACAGAAUAACAACAAGAAAAUCCAGAAAAAUGCAUGUCAAAAAUGUUAUAAAUUGAUUUGCAUUUUAAUGAGGGAAAUAAGUAUUUGACCCCUCUGCAAAACAUGACUUAGUACUUGGUGGCAAAACCCUUGUUGGCAAUCACAGAGGUCAGACGUUUCUUGUUGUUGGCCACCUGAUUUGCACACAUCUCAGGAGGGAUUUUGUUCCACUCCUCUUUGCAGAUUUUCUUUAAGGUUUCGCAGAAGUCAUUAAGGUUUCGAGGCUGACGUUUGGCAACUCAAACCUUCAGCUCCCUCCACAGAUUUUCUAUGGGAUUAAGGUCUGGAGACUGGCUAGGCCACUCCAGGACCUUAAGGUGCUUCUUCUUGAGCCACUCCUUUGUUGGCUUGGCCGUGUGUUUUGGGUCAUUGUCAUGCUGGAAUACCCAUCCACGACCCAUUUUCAAUGCCCUGGCUGAGGGAAGGAGGUUCUCACCCAAGAUUUGACGGUACAUGGCCCCGUCCAUCGUCCCUUUGAUGCGGUGAAGUUGUCCUGUCCCCUUAGCAGAAAAACACCCCCAAAGCAUAAUGUUUCCACCUCCAUGUUUGACGGUGGGGAUGGUGUUCUUGGGGUCAUAGGCAGCAUUCCUCCUCCUCCAAACACGGUGAGUUGAGUUGAUGCCAAAGAGUUCAAUUUUGGUCUCAUCUGACCACAACACUUUCACCCAGUUCUCCUCUGAAUCAUUCAGAUGUUCAUUGGCAAACUUCAGACGGCCCUGUAUAUGUGCUUUCUUGAGCAAGGGGACCUUGCGGGCGCUGCAGGAUUUCAGUCCUUCACGGCGUAGUGUGUUACCAAUUGUUUUCUUGGUGACUAUGUUCCCAGCUGCCUUAAGAUCAUUGACAAGAUCCUCCCGUGUAGUUAUGGGCUGAUUCCUCACCGUUCUCAUGAUCAUUGCAACUCCACGAGGUGAGAUCUUGAAUGGAGCCCCAGGCAGAGGGAGAUUGACAGUUCUUUUGUGUUUCUUCCAUUUGCGAAUAAUCGCACCAACUGUUGUCACCUUCUCACCAAGCUGCUUGGCGAUGGUCUUGUAGCCCAUUCCAGCCUUGUGUAGGUCUACAAUCUUGUCCCUGACAUCCUUGGAGAGCUCUUUGGUCUUGGCCAUAGUGGAGAGUUUGGAAUCUGAUUGAUUGAUUGCUUCUGUGGACAGGUGUCUUUUAUACAGGUAACAAACUGAGAUUAGGAGCACUCCCUUUAAGAGUGUGCUUCUAAUCUCAGCUCGUUACCUGUAUAAAAGACACCUGGGAGCCACAAAUCUUUCUGAUUGAGAGGGGGUCAAAUACUUAUUUCCCUCAUUAAAAUGCAAAUCAAUUUAUAACAUUUUUGACAUGCGUUUUUCUGGAUUUUUUUAUUGUUAUUCUGUCUCUCACUGUUCAAAUAAACCUACCAUUAAAAUUAUAGACUGAUAAUUUCUUUGUCAGUGAGCAAACGUACAAAAUCAGCAGGUGAUCAAAUACUUUUUUCCCUCACUGUAAGUAUUUAUACCCCUGAUUCAAUCUUUUGUAGUAGCACCUUUGGCAGUGAUUACAGCUGUGAGUCUUUCUGGGUAAGUCUCUAGGAGCUUUCCAUACCUUGAUUGUGCAACAUAUGCCUAUUAUGUUUUUCAAAAUUCUUCAAGCUCUGUCAAAUUGGUUGUUGAGCAUUGCUAGAUAACCAUUUUCAGGACUUGCCAUAGAUUUUCAAGUAGAUUUAAGUCUAAACUGUAACUUGGCAACUCAGGAACAUUCACUGUCUUCUUGGUAAGCAACUCCAGUGUAGAUUUGGCCUUGUGUUUUAGGUUAUUGUCUUGCUGAAAGGUGAAUUCAUCUCCCAGAGUGUCACGAUCGUCGUAGUGAACAGACCAAGGCGCAGCGUGAUGAACAAACAUACUUUAAUUAGUUAAAGUUUAAACAAUACAAAACAAGAAACGACUCGUGAAGUCCACGGUAUCAAUGACCGAAACACGGAACAAAAACCCACAAACACAAAGGGAAAACAGACAGUUUAAAUAUGGCUCCCAAUCAGAGACAACCAGCCAACAGCUGACACUCGUUGCCUCUAAUUGGGAGUCACUCAGGCAAACAUAGAAAUCAACAAACUAGAACCCCCAACAUAGAAAUAAACACAUAGAAUAAACACACCCUGGCUCAACAAAUAGAGUCCCAGAGCCAGGGUGUGACAGUACCCCCCCCUAAAGGCGCGGACCGCGACCGCGCCUCAACUAAACAAAACAGGGGAGGGCUGGGCGGGCAUACCUCCUCGGCGGCGGUUCUGGCUCCGGCCUUGACCACCACCCUCCAAUACACCCCCCAUAGCGCCCCUGGUCCAGUCUGGCCCCGCCGGCUGGAGCCGAACUGGACUUAGCAGGAGCGGUUAGCUUCAGCUCCAUCGUGGAGCAGUUGACCGGUACCUUACCAGGCACCGGUGACCCAGGCACGGGUUGUGCUGGACUGACGACGCGCACCCCUGGCUUGGUGCGUGGAGGAGGAACGGGCCUUACCAGGCUGACGACGCGCACCCCUGGCUUGGUGCGUGGAGGAGGGACGGGCCUUACCAGGCUGACGACUCGCACCCCUGGCUUGGUGCGUGGAGGAGGGACGGGCCUUACCAGGCUGACGACUCGCACCCCUGGCUUGGUGCGAGUGGCAGGAACAGGCCGGGCCGGGCUGGCGACGCGCACCGUAGACUUGGUGCGAGUGGCAGGAACAGGCCGGGCCGGGCUGGCGACGCGCACCGUAUACUUGGUGCGAGUGGCAGGAACAGGCCAGGCCGGGCUGGCGACGCGCACCGUAUACUUGGUGCGAGUGGCAGGAACAGGCCGGGCCGGGCUGGCGACGCGCACCGUAUACUUGGUGCGAGUGGCAGGAACAGGCCGGGCCGGGCUGGCGACGCGCACCGUAUACUUCGUGCGAGUGGCAGGAACAGGCCGGGCCGGGCUGGCGACGCGCACCGUAUACUUGGUGCGAGUGGCAGGAACAGGCCGGGCCGGGCUGGCGACGCGCACCGUAUACUUGGUGCGAGUGGCAGGAACAGGCCGGGCCGGGCUGGCGACGCGCACCGUAUACUUGGUGCAUGGAGCAGGGACAGGCCGGGCUGGGCUGUCGACGCACACCGUAGGCUUGGUGCGUGGAGCAGGGACUGGCCGGACUGGGCUGGCGACGCACACCGUAGGCUUGGUGCGUGGAGCAGGGACAGGCCGGACCGGGCUGGCGACGCACACCGUAGGCUUGGUGCGUGGAGCAGGGACUGGCCGGACUGGGCUGGCGACGCACACCGUAGGCUUGAUGCGUGGAGCAGGGACAGGCCGAACCGGGCUGUGGAGACGGAUAGGAGCCCUGGAGUGAAGAGCGGCCACAACCCGUCCUGGCUGAAUGCCUACCCUCACACACUCUGUGUGAGGCAUCCGCACAGGACGUACAGGGCGGUGUAUCCGUAACCUGGUGGCCUCCAGAAUCCGCCCCUUUUUUGCCUCCGUCAGCCCCGUCGUCCAUGCCGCGUGCCCCCCCCUAAAAAUUUUCUGGGGUUGCCUCUCGACCGCCCGACGACGACCCUGAUCACGCCGUUGCUCCUCUCUACGGCGCGCCUCCACCGUCUCUUCUCCCGGCGCUUCCUCCCAUGUCCAGCCCAAGAGCUGCCCCUGGACACGCUGCUUGGUCGUUGCAUGGUGGGUUUUUCUGUCACGAUCGUCGUAGUGAACAGACCAAGGCGCAGCGUGAUGAACAAACAUACUUUAAUUAGUUAAAGUUUAAACAAUACAAAACAAGAAACGACUCGUGAAGUCCACGGUAUCAAUGACCGAAACACGGAACAAAAACCCACAAACACAAAGGGAAAACAGACAGUUUAAAUAUGGCUCCCAAUCAGAGACAACCAGCCAACAGCUGACACUCGUUGCCUCUAAUUGGGAGUCACUCAGGCAAACAUAGAAAUCAACAAACUAGAACCCCCAACAUAGAAAUAAACACAUAGAAUAAACACACCCUGGCUCAACAAAUAGAGUCCCAGAGCCAGGGUGUGACACAGAGUCUGGUGGAAAGCAGACUGAACCAGGUUUUCCUGUAGGAUUUUGCCUGUGCUUAGCUCCAUUCCAUUUAUUUUUUAUCCUGAAAAAUGUCCCAGUCCUUAAUGAUUACAAGCAUACCCAUAACAUGAUGCAGCCACCACUAUGCUUGAAAAUAUGGAGAGUGGUACUCAGUAAUGUGUUAUAUUGGACAAAAAGUUAAUUGCUUUGCCACAUUUUUUUCAGUAUUGCUUUGGUGCCUUGGAUGUAUUUUUUUGAAUAUUUUUAUUCUUUACAGGCUUCCUUCUUUUCACUCUGUUAAUUCGGUUAAUAUUGUGGAGUAACUACAAUGUUGUUGAUCCAUCCUCAGUUUUCGCCUAUCACAGCCAUUCAACUCUGUAACUGUUUUAAAGUAACCGUUGGCCUCAGGAUGAAAUCUCUGAGUGGUUUCCUUCCUCUCCGGCAACUGAGUUAGGAAGGACGCCUGUAUCUUUGUAGUGACUGGGUGUAUUGAUACAACAUCCAAAGUGUAAUUAAUAACUUCACCAUGCUGAAACUGAUAUUCAAUGGCUGCUUUUUUUUUUUUUUUACCCAUCUACCAAUAGGUGCCCUUCUAUGCGAGGCAUUGGAAAACCUCCCUGGUCUUUGUGGUUGAAUCUGUCUUUGAAAUUCACUGCCCGACUGAGGGACCGUACAGAUAAUUGUGUGGAGUACAGAGAUGAAGUAGUAAUGACAAAAUAAUGUUAAACACUAUUAUUGCACACAUAUAUAAUGAGUCCAUGCAACUUAUUAUGUGACUUGUUAAGCACAUUUUUACUCCUGAACUUGUUUAGGCUUGCCAUAACAAAGGGGUUGAAUACUUAUUGACUCAACGCAUUUCAGCUUUUCAUUUUUAAAUAAUUUGUUAAAAAAAUUUAAAAACAUAAUUCCAUUUCGACAUUAUGAGGUAUUGUGUGUAGGCCAGUGAAAAAAAAUCUAAAUUUAAUCAUUUGGAAAAAUUCAAGGAGUUUGAAUACUUUCUGAAGGCACUGAAGUGCAGGAAAAUUAAGCAAGUGGAGCAGUUUAUAUCAUAUACAGGCUUUUCUUUUGUAAUAAUGCAUACUGUACCAUGUCCACAUAUACUGAAUUCAAUAAAAGUGCUUGCUAGCUGGUUGUUACAUAAUGGCCAGCCAGUUAUUGAGUAUUGAGUGGCCUUUUCUGAGGGUCUCUGACUGUUCUUCCCCAGGGGGCGGGGACUGAUGACGACGUGCUGAUUGAGAUCCUAGCAUCCAGGACCUGCGCCCAGAUUAAAGACAUCGUCAAAGUCUACAAGAAAGGUGAGAGGUUGAAUGUGUCAUGACAAAACUUUGAUAAAUUGGACAAAUUGGCUAAAGCUAAUGCGGAGACAGAUUGUCUCCCAGAAUGCAAUAUGGCCACCGGUCGUCCACAUAUUGUGGAACAUUGCUUUGAAUCUGAAUGUCUGUCUGUUCCAUUCUUAUUCUAGAAGUUUCUCUCUCUGGGCUAUGAAAGCAGUGUCUGAUACCUUGCUUUCAACCAACAGCAUUGAAGGAGGAAGGAGAGCUCUGUGGCCUUGGUCUAGGACAGACAGCAUUACCAUGCAUUGUUGACCACUAAUGUAACCCAAUGGUAGUUCUGUGCUCCCAACAUCAAGCACUGUAUUGGGGAACAGGUGGAUCAGUGGAUUACUGUAUGAUGGACAAGGCUAAACAAAGCCGAAAUCAUAGAUAUGUGGCAUGUAUGAUGUUUGUAGGAGGGAUAGGGCACUACAAAACCAAUGCCAUAGAUAUAUGCAGGGGCGCAACUUUCACUGGGGGCGGGGGGGGAACUAGCUAGAUCACUGGGGACGGGGGGACAGGGGGUGGGGGAGCUAGCUAGAUAACGUUAGCUAUCUAGCUAGCUAGAUCACUAACUGUAGCUAUUCUUUUUGCCUCAACCACACUAGACCUGAACCAAAUGAUGAAACCAGCUGCCAAACGAUUGAAGACCGAUAUUCUUAUGUUUUUUUCAGCGCAAUGUGAGUUUUUAUUAGUCAGUAUAGCAAUGUAACGUUAUUGAUCUGUCAGUUUCCCUAGCUAAUUCCCUAAUUUUCACACUGACAUGGUAUAAACAGCUCUACAGGCUUCACCGUCAUGGUGCAGAGUCAGUACACAACGCUAUGCUCAUCAUGUUUUAGCAGGAUCAGAUGGUGACAGGUGUCCCUGCACAGUCAGACAGCUAGGGAAGACAAGUCUACGGAGCUCAGGUGAAUUUUGCAGUAUAUUAUAACAAUCAGUAAAUUGAUACAAAGUUCCAUCUUGAGUUGAUGGGUAGGCUACAGUCUGGGAUCUGGGAAUAAUGGUAAUUUCAAUUAUUGAACCAUUGAUUCUAUCCAUGGAUAAUAUAAUGUGUAAAUGUACGCCAAGGUAAUUCUUUGUCAUGCCUCAUCUAAGCAGGAUCAGAUAGUGACAGGUGUCUCAUCAGGGUCAGGCAGCCAGGGAAGCCAGUCUGUGACAGUGCAGAGGUGAACUUUUGCAGAUACAACACUUUAUUCUCUCUGUGCAGCAAACACUGGACAAGCAAGAAGCUUCAAAGAUUGAAACUAUUUUAAGGCAGUCUGACAAACCUCUAAAGUUGAUUUCCAAACUGUAUCAAGGGUUGAUAGUGGCUUUUCCCGAUGACACAAAACAUCUAAAACAAAAAUGUGAGGAAGACCUGGGCGACACUAUUGAUGAUGAUGAUUGGAUACAGAUAUGUUAAAUGCCCAGUCAUGUUCAUAUAAUCUCAGACAUAAAUUACUGUAGUUUAAGACCAUCCAUAGAACGUACCAUAUGACAGUGAAACUGAAUAUCAUGCACUCAGAAAAUGUAUUCUGCUGCUGGAGGUGUAAUGAUCUUGUGAAGACUGGCUGAAUUCUGGCAAUAUGUAUGUUCUUUUAUCUCAGCAUGUCUACAGAUUCUCCCUUCUUCCUGUUUUUGUUUCCUUGGAAAUGUUGAUACUGGUGACUGUUAUCAGAAGAAACUGUGUAGCCUAGGAUUUAUAGCGGCUAAGAAAUGGAGUGCCAUUAAUUGGAAGGUUGGUCAUCCUCCCACAAUGGAUGGAAGAAAUGUAAAGUUAUGUAUCACUAGAUUUGAUUUAUUACUAGAUUAAGGGUAUACUGUGCAACUUUCAUAAGGUAUGGAUGCCUUAUAUGGAAUACUGUAGGACAAAAGCAGUCUAUUGAAAAAAUGCCCACAUCAGGGGAGAUACCUAUUUAUGCAAUCCGUAGCUGCUGGGCUGGUCAGUCCUGGCCCUGGGGGUCUGCCGUACUGUUGGUUGUCACUCUGGCCUUGGCCUAACACACCUGAAACCAAUAAUGAAUGUUUCACUAAGAUCCUAAAGCUGAGUGGGGUGUGUUGGGUUGGGGCGCUGCAGGGUCGUGGACCCCUAGGUGUAGGACGGGGUGACCCAGCUAUAUUGUGUGCAAGUAAAAAGAGCUCUACAGUACUAUUAAGCCUAUGAUAUGAAUUACACUGAACAAAAAUAUAGUUCAGUCUUAUCAAUCACUUAAAUAUAUUUAAUAAGGAUCUCUUACCUAGCUUGAUGUCUGUGGACAUUUUUGCUUACUUUUUGUUGUUCUAAAUAUAGAUGGCUAGAAGGGCCAUGGGUCAUAUUAGAUUGUGUAGAAAUGCAGGAAAUUAGCUUUAGCUGCCCCCAAAAAUGUGAGGAUGAGUUAUGUCCCCCCCACUUCAAAACCCAAAUUGCGCCCCUGGAUAUAUGGUAUGUUCCACAACUUUACAAUUCCAAAAAUCCAUUAUUGUCAUGGAACUAAAGGUGCUACCAUGUAAGACAGAGUUGGCUGAACUCUGCAUCUGGCUCACCCUUUACGAUGUUCAUUAAAAAAAAAAAUCUUGGAUGGGCACCCAAGGGGGCUUGAACUUUCAAGCUCUCCCUGUAGAUUUUGUGGUGACGUAGUGUCUCCAUGAGUUACAGAACACUGAGCCAAUCACGGCGCAACUAGAGAAGAUUACCAACCCCUAUGCUCUGUAUUUUCCGCUGGCUGCCCCUCCACCACAAGAAUCAGUGAGCUAGGCUGAAACACCUGCUUUUCAAGAAAGCAAAAAAGAGACCAUGUUUGUAUGCGGCUUUAUUAACUCAAUACAUUUUUGUUUUACAUUGUUUGCAAACUGAAAUGUGAAACGUAUUAAUGCCAAAAUAACAUGCAAAACAGACAACAGGUGGGGCUCAAAACAGAGCCCCACCUGCCCUGAAUGAGGGGUUGCCACUGAUCUCGAGCUUAAACAGAAGGAUUUUGAUGGGGAUUUUUUAUUAUGCUAAUUACAUUUCAGCGGAGCUUGGACAUGACUCUAGGGGGUUAAGAUGAAUACACUUACUGUAAGUCGCUCUGGAGAAGAGCAUCUGCUAAAUUACAAAAAUAAAAUGUAUGUAAAUGUUUUACAUAUACAUCUCAUAUUACUGUAUUGAAGAUUUUUGUAAAAAUAUUUUGUAAAUAUUGAUGUCACAAAUGAAUCACUUGUACAGUUCUUUAUUAAAAUGUAGUUAUUUGUUACAUUUGACUGUGUAAAACCUAGCAGUACUACUUAUUCUCUGAGUGAGGCUGAUAUAUAUUAUUACUGUGUAAAACCUAGCAGUACUACUUAUUCUCUGAGUGAGGCUGAUAUAUAGCAUUUUGCCAAAAAAAAAAUGACUAUUUGUCUCUGAAAUGAAACCAUCAAGUGAUAGAUUUUAAACAAAUACUUGUCUGUCAUUGAACAACCCCAUGCCAUGAUUAGAUAGUGAAAAAACACACAUUUCUUACUUUCUUUAAACAUAAAAGCUAAUAUACCAACAUUUCUGAAAAUGGAUAUAUACCAUUUUGGAAUGAAACUCUUUAAAUGAAUUGUAAAUGUACGCAAAAAAAAAGUUUUCAGUAAAAUAUAAUUUAUGAUAAUGCAAUUCAAUAAAACACCUCCUCACUCUUUCCUGCAAUUUUCCCUAUCUUUGGUAAUGUUACCCUGGCCUUUGCUUUCACUGCCUUUUUUCCAGUUGCAAGUUUUGGCACGUACAUUCCAGCAACAUUACACCCUGCAUCCCACUGCUGGUUUGCCUCUGAAGCUUAGCAGGGUCGGUCCUGGUCGGUACUUGGAUGGGAGACCAGAUGUAGCUGGAAGAUGUGAAAAAUAAACGUGUGAAACACAAAUUCACAUGGGGACUCUUUCAAUAAUAAUAUAUAUAUUUUUUUUUUUUACAGAAAACACGUGAAAAAAACAUGUGAACACACGUGUCCGAAAACCACAUGACCUGUCCGAAAACCACGUGUUUUUUUCUUUUUUGUAAGGGUGCUGCCUUGCUAACUCCUAUGGUCAUUAUCACACCAUUGUCACAGCUCAAACAGUUCUGGAACCAGGCUACUGGCCCAAUAGGCCAAGGACGAGAGCCACACUGGCCAUCUGAGAUGGACACUGGAGAAGCCUGAUCCAUCUGUUACCCUGCUAAUCAAAUCCCCCUGGCGGAGACCUUCGGCUAAACAGAGCACGUCCAAUCUGGGUCGAUUUCUGCCAUUAGCGACUAUUGUCAGAGAUAAGUGUAAGCAAUCUUCUGAUCUUCCCUUCUCUCUCUUCUCAUCUUUCUCAGAGUGCGGUGGCAAGCUGGAGAAAGAUAUCACCGGUGACACUUCAGGCCCCUUCCAAAAGCUUCUAGUGAUCCUUCUGCAGGUAAACGAAGGGAGAAGGAUGCCAGAAAGGGAUGAGAGAGAUAUUUCCUUCUGAUAAUGAGAGUGCUUUGGUGAUGUCAUUAUAAAGUCAUGAGUGGUUAAGGAAAGGUGGGCAUAGAGUGAGGAAGGAGGAGGGAGUGGCGCAUACUGUAUAUCAUUGUCCUCAGGUGGUUUAUUGGUCUUGGUAACCUAACCGACCAGGUUUCCAGGUUGGGAGACACUCAGCAAAUUGAGGUCACGAAAGGGUAGACAUCUCUCUUCUCCCAUGACGCACAUACCGUCUCCCUUUCCUCUGUUCUUUUUUCUUCCCCUUUGCUCCUCUGUUUUCUUUGUGUAGGGGAGCAGAGCUGAAGGGGUGGAGGAAGACAGGAUUGAGAAAGACGCAAAGGUAACGUAACCCUAUGGGUGGCUAGUCUCCCUUUUAACAGUCCCCUGUAGCUCAGUUGGUAGAGCAUGGCGCUUGCAACGCCAGGGUCGUGGGUUCGUUUCCCAUGGGGGGCCAGUAUGAAGAUGUAUGCACUCACUAACUGUAAGUCGCUCUGGAUAAGAGCGUCUGCUAAAUGACAAAAAUGUAAAAUGGAUGAUCGCUAAGUGAUAUGCUAUAGCGCAAGACAUAAUUACAUUUUGUCUUAAGUGCUCAAAUGUUAAAAUGCUUAGGAUAUGGCUUCAAACCAUUAGCAUAGGCCUGAAGGACAAAGCAAGCUUCAAGGCAGUACCAGAGUCCUCUCUGAUAAAUGAUCGACAUGAAACAUUUAUUUAGGACAUUUGCUAACUGGAAAGGAAAAUUCCAUGUCUUCAAAGCUAUUUCUUUGUUGUUGUAGGUUUUGAGUUUUCAUACUUGGAUAAAUAUUGUAGGCUACAGUACAUUUAAUAAUUACACAUGCAUGUAUAAUAUAGGUCCCCUGAAGGUUCAUUUUGCCUUUUUUCAUCCACUCCAUUGACCAUGCCUUAUCGUAUUCAGUGAAAUUCAGUGACUGGCUCUAAAACAUUUACAUUUCUUAUUGGAUCAUUGAUCAAACAUUGUAACUCUGUGUUACUGUGUUCCACUGCAACUAAUAGUGGUUGUUAUAAACAGUUGAUAACAUAAGAUAUUCUGAACACCAAUGCCAGGAUCUGAGGCAAACACAUACCACAUAAUAACAUUGCUCAGUGUGAUAAACUGUUAUCAAUGGAGUACUUAUAUUAGUUUUUUUUGUGUGUGUGUGUGUGUUUCAGGAACUGUUUGCUGCUGGCGAGGGGAAGGUUGGCACAGAUGAGGAGAAAUUCAUCAACAUCCUGGGCAACAGGAGCCAUGAACACCUUCGCCUAGGUGUGGUGUGUGUGUGUGUUAAAAUUCCUCCCAAGGGCAGGCUUUAGCUUUUAGUGCUUGCUCUUUUGUCAGCUCUGGGAUUCUAGGUUUUUUAUUUCCACUGUAUAAUUGAGUGAUUAUGGCCAUUUUGUUCAAUCAUAAAAACAGAAUUGCGUUCUGCACUUUUAUUGUAACAUCAAAUAACAUCACAUUCUUAUUUGUAUUUUGUUGUUUUUCAUUGUAAGUGUUUGACGCCUACAAGAAGCUGUCUGGCAAUGAUAUUGAGGGCAGCAUUGAGGGCGAGACUACUGGAAACCUGGAGAACUUAAUGCUGGCUGUUGGUAAGACUUUACAAUGAUGUUAAGCAAGACACAGUAAGGUAAAAUAUAUAUAUAUAUUAUAAAUAUACAAAACUAAAAUAUAACACGCUUAAAGAAUGGGAUUUCUCUAUUGCAUUUUGAUAAAUCAAACCUAAAAACCCUAUCAGUCACUUAUAUACUGUACAUAUUGCAUACAUGCUGUAUAUUGAAACAUUAAUUAAUCAUUUGGGAAUGCCAUCUUUCUUUUCCAUAGUGAAGUGUGCUAAGAGUGUCCCAGCCUACUUUGCAGAGUCUCUCAAUGGGUCUAUGAGGGUAUGCUCUUUGUGUUGUCAUCGAUCAUUCCGUGGAGGAUUUGCGAGAACGUUUGAAUUGCCAUCGCAUCUCUCCAAAAAGGAUUCAGUAGGUUAGGUUUAGGCAUUUGUAAUUGUGAUGUCUAUUGUUUCUUUGUUAGUGUGCUGGCACUGAUGACCAGACUCUGAUGAGAAUCAUGGUGUCCAGAAGUGAGACAGACAUGCUGGACAUCAGAGCCUGCUUUAAGAAGAUGUAUGGGGCCUCGCUCUACAACACCAUCCAGGUACAGAGGGCAAGUCUCUCCUCUAUCCAUUCUGGUACAAUAGGCUAGUCUCCCUUUUAUCUAUUCUGGUACAAUGGGCUAAUCUCUCCUCUAACCAUUCUGGUACACCGAGCUAACCAUUCAGGUACAGUGGACUAGUCUCUCCUCUAACCAUGUACAGUGCACUAGUCUCACCUUCAUCCCAGACGACUAACCCUAAUAAUCCACCUCUAUACCCAGCUACCACCUCUCCAGUGCCACUAAAGUCAUUAGAUACAUUUUUGUCACACGCCAAUACACUGUGAUGUCACCUGAGUAACAGGUCCAUUAUUCCACCUGCCCCAGCCACAUGAUCCCAAAAUAAUGUAACGAGUUGGCUACUGUGACAAACUGUUGCUCUCCUGAGUAUCCUCCUAGGUUUUUAGCUAAUGCGUAUCUGUAUAGGAAGAAUAAAAUACCUGGUUUCAGCCCCAGUAACAUGGGAGAUGUCAGAUAUCACAGAGGGCGUACUAGACUGGUGUAACGCCAAAUGGAUAGGACCAGUACAUACACGCAACCUCCUGUCAUGUGUCCUUAUUUCCAACCUCGCAAUCUACAGCCUACAUCAUCUAUUUAUGACACUGUCAACUCUGUAAGUAUUACAGUAUUCUCAACACAUGACUCAGCAUGACAUGCUCUCUGCCUUGGUAAUAAUGAGCAGCCUUCCUGCUCUGAGUUGCGUCAGGUUGACAAUGUGCAGUAUGACAGUCCCCUCAUUUAUACAACUGAUGUACAACACAUUUGACACAACAUCCAAUGGAUGUUGUUUACACAGCUGUGCCACUAGAGAUCCUGGUUCGAAUCCAGGCUCGGUCGUAGCCGGCUGCGACCGGGAGACCCAUGGGGCGGCGCACAAUUGGCCCAGCGUCGUGCAGGGUAGGGGAGGGAAUGGCCGGCAGGGAUGUAGCUCAGUUGGUAGAGCAUGGCGUUUGCAACGCCAGGGUUGUGGGUUCGAUUCCCACGGGGGGCCAGUAUGAAAAAAUAAAAAAUAAUGUCUGCUAAAUGACUAAAAUGUAAAUGUACAAACUGAGUCUAUGUAAACCCAUAGGCUGCUUGUCUGUAUGGUAGUGCUGAAUGUAUCUUAAAUGCCAAUUUGUGUUUAUUUGUUUACUCAUUCACAGGAGGACACCGCUGGGGACUACGGAAAGGCCCUGCUCUACCUUUGUGGAGGAAAUGACUGAGGCGCUUUUUGAUUAUGUGCAAUGAUGGCGCUGUAUGAUGAUGUGUUAUGGAGUGGCAAUGGGCUGCACUUGAUACUCUGUCUGUCAAUUAUAAUUAAUUAACACUAGAUUUUAUUGGCUUCUGUUCGACGAUUGGCUUGAGUUACCACUUCAUUGUAUUGGCUAUGUAUCUUGAUUGCCCACAUUCAACACAUAUUGAACUCAACAGUGCAUGCCCUGUUUUUUCCUAUAUUGUUCAAAUAAUCAGCCCAUUCUUUGACUCUAAGGCUGCGUUUACACAGGCA